CUCACUUUCCAUACAAAUACACAUUUAUAUAUGUUCAUAUGUUGAAAUCUCACACAAUCACACUCACUUUCCACACUAACACACUCUGUAAUCUCUCUCUCUCUUACACACACACGCACAAAAAACACACACACCUUCUCUCUCUCUCUAACACCUUCACCCCGGCCCUCCUCCAUCUCAUAAUCUUACUUAUGUCUUUUUUGUCGCCUUUUCUCUCUCUAGCUUCACCUAGGGUUUUGCGCUUUUAUAGCUCACUGCACACCUGAGCUACGCAAAUUUAGUGCUCAAUUUAUUCCUCGAGCUAACACAGAACCAGAACACUUACCAUUUCGUUUUUUGGCUACUUGCGGAUACAGAAAUUCGGUCUCUUCUUAGGGUUUAUGAGUGCGACGAUGGAGGUGUGCUUCAAUUCGAACUGCAACCAGUCGUCGGAGAAGUGGAAGAGAGGCUGGCGCCGCCGCACCGGCGAGUACGCUCACCUCUGUGAUCCCUGCGCUUCUGCUUAUGAGGAUGGGAAAUUUUGUGAGACAUUUCACACAAAUGCUUCAGGGUGGAGAUGUUGCGAGUCUUGUGGAAAGCAAAUACAUUGUGGAUGCAUAGUUUCAUUCCAUAUGUUCGUACUAUUGGAUGCAGGAGGAAUAGAAUGCCUAACGUGUGCAAAAAAGAGCUACAUUUUGACACCAAAUCCAGCAUGGCCACCACCUUUCCAUUUCCUUCCUUCGCAGCCUGAAAGAAUGAAAGACAUUUCAAUGAAAACAUGGAGUGGUAUAGCAGCCUCAGGUCCAGUUCCAUGGCAUCAGGCUCCCUCUUUGUUCAAUGGUCCUAGUAUCCAAGCUAAUGACCAACUGAAGAUGCCCUUCGAAGUAGAUGUAUCUGAUGGGAUUGGCAGGUAUGGUCUUUCUGAGAGAUUAUCUAUGGCUUCGCCUGAGAUGAAACAAGAGCGCUCCUGUGAAAGAUUAGCUAAUGGAAAUAUGAGAUUCGGCCCACCUGAAAUACUUCAGAAUGGAAAUAUUGGACUCAAGGUGAAGGAGCAGCAUUGUCCAUUGACAAGUGAUUUUAAGCCCAUCUAUUGCAGAAAUGAUACUUCUUCAAACCAAAGUUUGGGCGUAGCUUCUUCAUCCAAAAAUGAAACAGAUGAUGCUCCAAUUUCGUCUAUUCUUUCACAAUCACCAUCUGUCUCGCUUACUGUGGGCAAACAGGUGUUCAGUCCGAGUGGAUUGGAUUCAUGUGGUGAGGGUCAGAUACGCAAUGAGAAGUCUCGAGGAGAUGUGCGAAGCCGAAAUCAGUUGCUUCCUCGCUACCGCCCCCAGAUAACUAACGAAGAGCUUCAGAAAAUCUCUGGAGAUUUUAAAUGUAUUACCCCAUUGUUCGAGAAAAUGUUAAGUGCAAGUGACGCUGGACGGAUUGGGCGCUUAGUGCUGCCAAAAAAGUGUGCGGAGGCUUAUUUUCCAUCAAUCAAUCAAGCAGAAGGGUUACCUCUAAACGUACAAGACAUUAAAGGGAAGGAAUGGGUUUUCCAGUUCCGGUUUUGGCCAAAUAACAACAGCAGAAUGUAUGUCCUGGAAGGAAUAACUCCUUGUAUACAGUCAAUGCAACUACAAGCUGGUGAUGUUGUAACAUUUAGUAGGUUGGAGCCAGAAGGGAAGCUGAUCAUGGGUGGCAGAAAGGCGUCAGUGGUUCCAUCAUUUGAUCAGGGAGAAGUUAAUGUGAUAGGGAGUGAAAUUUCAAGCCCAGGAGAUGCUAAUGCUAAAAAUAAAUCUGCCGACAUUAUCUGUUUAAAUGGUCACGUGAAAGAGAAAGUACUUGAAGACAAACUUGCCAUUCCUGCUAAGCGGAAGAAUAAUUACAUAAAUGCAAAAAGUAAACGCCUUAGGAUUGAAAAUGAGGAUAUGAUGGAGCUGAAGCUCACCUACAAGGAAGCGCAAAGCCUGAUUCGAGCACCUGCAAAAAUUGUUCCGUCAUCUUCCAUUGUCGAUGGGUGUGAAUUUGAAGAAUUUGAGGAUUGUGAGCCAGUUAUCGGAAGGCCUACUCUUUUUGGAAUCGAUCACUCUGGUGAAAAGAUCCAGUGGGUCCAGUGUGAGGACUGUUUGAAGUGGCGUAAGGUCCCUGCAAAUGCUCUUGUUCCUUCAAACUGGACCUGUUCGGAUAAUGCGUGGGACCUUCACAGAUCUGCGUGUUCUUCUGCUGAGGAAUUAACUAACAUACUGCUCGAACAACUGUUAGCUGCCAUGAACAAAGACCCUAGAAGUAAAGAAGAGAGCUCUGAACGGGAUGCAGAUGCAUCUGUUGAUGUGGAAGGACACAAUACACUCGCUAAUUUAGCUAUUCAAGGGGAGGGAAAGGGCCUCGUAGCUUCUUCAGAGAACAGGACAAAACACCCGUGUCAUAUACCUGGCUGUACAUGCAUUGUCUGCCUUCAACCUCCCAGUGGGAAAGGAACCAAGCACGGGCCCUCUUGUGACUGCGCAGUCUGUACUCCCUUGAGGUGUCGUUUUAGAACCUUGAUGGAGAGACUGGAAAAGAAACAAACCGAACCCUCAUCUUCAUCUCAGAACUCACAUGCAAAGGAGCUGGAUGUUGAUGCAUGUGUUGGGAGCAGCACUGUAAAAUGCAGCUUAAAUGUGGAAGAGGUGCCGAACUCGAGCCAUGUAGAAGAACCUAUAGGAAGAAUAUCGUCAGCCUCGCCUUUGAAAGGUCAAAUAGACCUUAACAUCCAGCCUGAGCGAGAGGAAGAUUUCUCACCUCGCUCAGAUUGUGGGGUUGUCAAAUACUCUCAGCCAGGUUUGUCCGAUAGAUUUUUCAGGCAGCAGCAGCAUAGACCGUUGGAGGCCGAUGUGAUCGGGAAUUUGUUAGUGAAGCAAGAUGGAGUGGGGUGUGUGAAUAUUAGAGGUUGUGUGGCGUUAGACAAAGAGAGUGGUUAGAUAAAAUUGGAGGAAGAAAGUAGUCGAAAUUUUGGUUGGAUUGGCUGGGUAAAGUUGUAAGUAUAGAUUUGAAGGGAGGAGAUAGGCUUUUCACAGUUGCUGUUAUCGUAUUUUUUAUGCACAACUGCUAUGUAAUUAUUAUUCUUAAUAUUUUAAGGAAUAGAACGCAGCAACUAUUUUCUCU